UCCUCACAGGUGGCUGUCGUCAACACGUGCCGUCUGCUGCUGGUCUGUACUGAGCGUUCGAAAUCAGGAAUUAACCUUGAAGAAACGGGAGUUAAAUCUCAAGACGAUAAUGAAUGCCAUGUUCAUAUUCGCUUUGGUUGUUCAGUUUUGUGAUGGUCCGGCUAGCCCUAGAAGGAGCUUACCUGACAACCGCAGCCACGAACAGGACCGACAGGAGCCUGAGCGGGUACUCCGGCCUGUGUCUGGGGUCGCCUGAACAGCACUUUCCGUCUCUACUAAGCUCCGUCGCCUCCGUGUCAGUCCAACCAGCAGACAGCGCCCGGCUACAUGAGGACGACGCCAACUGCAGUAAGCUCGUCAACAGCGGCGCAGCUCUAGCAUUCGGCCCGCUGUGGUCGGUCAGAGGGAAUGUGGUAGUGCUUGACUACAGCGAGAAGGAACUCUGCUCUGAUUAUCACCAUGACCUGGUGGUCAGGGAGCUCGGGAAAUACGAGGAGUCACGGAAGCUCUGCCAAGCUCUGGGUGGGAAUCUGCCUUUCGAAGAGCAGGUUCUGAGGGAACCCGUGGGCAUUGGCAAAAGGACACCGGCUGAUUGUAUCACGAGCCGAGGCCACGUCGGCUGGGUGGAAACCGGAGAGGAAGUUCCCUCGGACAACUUAACGGUGGAAUGCCGCACCCUGUUGGCCAGCGGCGCCGUGGGAUCCUUCCCUUGCAUCAGCGAACUCAAGUGCAACGUGUGCAGAGUCCCUGCUUGGCUCCGGUACACACUCUACGGUAGCGUGAAGAGCUUUGACAGGUAUUACUUCAUCAAGCCCCUGUCCGGAGGGAAUUUCUCCUUCGAGGGACUGGAAACGUCCAACAUCUCUAAGAAGGAAGGCUACUGGACGCUGCAGUCACGUCUGCACCGCCACUGGUGGAGGCUCGAGGGAGAUUCACUGCCGGUAGGACGACACGUGUGGCGCUCAGAGUUUGGCAAUGUCACCCUGACCCUCACGGCCUGCACGCCCUCCCAUUUCACCACCAACGAGGGCUUCUGCCUGCACCGGAGCCAUCGCUGCGACGGCCGCCCCGACACUCCCGAUGGCAGCGACGAACUGCAGUGCCGAGAGCGCCUCCUCGACGUCCUGCGCGUGUCCGACCGCAAGAAGAGCCCCUUCCACGGACGGAGCCAAAAAGGCGUCCUCUAUUUCUCCUUCGACUUCUUCCACAUCAAGCAGAUGAAGACGGAGGAGCGGGUGAUCCACAUCGACAUGGGCUUGCUCUUGAUGUGGAACGACCCUCGCCUCAGGUUCAGGGACAUCAGGAACACUCAGCAGUACUUGGUAUGCGACAAGAUCUGGUAUCCUUCCGUCGGUAUGAUCGAGGGCUUCAACAUGGGCGGCGCCAUCGACAUCAGAGGAUACAACACCGUUUGUUAUUUGGACAACUCGGCACGCACACAGGAGCAGUAUGAUCUUCUGGACGCUUUCACAGGCAAAUCAAUCGAGGGGAAAUUCCUCAACAUCACAAUGUACUUAGAGUUCCGGGUUUCCAUCCCGUGCCUGUUUGAGCUCCACCGCUACCCAUUCGGAACCUAUGAGUGCAACUCGUCCAUUUUCUUGAAGAAAUGGAGGGAGGAGAUGCAGUGGAAAUCCGUAGAGACGGGCAAGUGCGCCGGGCAGCCGAAGUAUCGUGGAAACCACAAUCUCCUAGAUUAUCGUCUCCUCUCCAUCAACUACGACGUGCCGGACGGAGACUUCGUCGUCCUCACCUUCCACCUGCGAGGCCAGUUCACCUACCACCUGCUGAACAGCUUCUCCCCGAGCGCCCUCAUGUUCAUCAUCUGCUACUCGACGCUGUUCUUUCCGCUGGAGAACUUCAACGAGAGGAUCAUGGUCUCCCUGACGGCCAUGCUCGUCCUGGCGGCCUUCUUCGCGCAGGCCACCGACUCCUACGUCAAAACGCCCUACUUCAAGCUCCUCGACGUGUGGUACGCCGUCCUGAUUAGCCUGUGCUUCGGCUGCGUCAUGAUGAACGCCAUCGUCAACGGCAUUCGGGUCCGGACCACGACUUUGCGACGCUGCACGAGGGUCGUCAAGGCGCGCGAGAUCGAGGUCUUGCAGAACGAGACGGACCGGUUGGCUCAGGCGUCGGUCGUCAACCUGGUGGCGGCGACAUUGAUCAUGCUGCUCUUUGUGGUCGUAGUCCUCGUGGUGAGUCUGGUGGCCGCGGAGGUCAUCUAAGAAGGCGGACGUGACAUAGGGAGCUGACGGCGUCAAAUAAGGCGGAAGUGACGUAUUUGGCAGGAAGAAAGUGAAGGAAUCAUCAGAACUCAUUCAGUGUGGAAGGGAGGCAACCAGCAAAGCUCAUCCAACAUAGCAAGCAUGAAGCAGGUAAUAAGUCAUCUAACAAGGCACAAGAAAUGUAGGAAACGAAAGUCGUCUAACAGGGUGGAAUGGAAGCAGUUUAUAUAGAUAACCUAGCAUGUGAGGCAGUAGGGGUCAUUUAUCCAAGUGGAAGGAAAGCAGGCGGCAGAAGUCACUUAACAAGGCGAAAGGAAUGGUACAUUGUCUAGCGAUGCAAUCUAGGAUAUUUGAACAAGGAUCUCAAU